UUGAAAUCUCCAAUAAGAGAAGCAAUCCCAACAUUUAUUCCCUUUGUAAUCUACUAUAUAAUGGGCAUUUGUUAUCAAGUUGUUGAGGACUAUCUCAGUGCAUGCAGUGAGGGAAAAUGUCUUUGGUGUAUCUUACAUCAACUCCAGGAAAGGGACCACUAUCCUUUGGCACUGCCAUGAAACACACACAUGCUGUUUCAUAAGGAUACGCCUGAUUUCCAGAAAUAACCAUGUUUUUGUGGCUUAAACUCUUAGCAUUUGGCGUUGCAUUUCUGAGACAGGAUGCCUUUGUCAAAGGAGUUGAGUCAGCAGCGACUACACCUGAUGAUUACAAUUCAACAUCCUUGCACAGCACCAUCUCACCAGUCAGCAUGCCAGCAAACAUUGGGAUCAGCCCCAAUCACACAAUAGCAGCUACCACAGCAACAACUGAAGAGUCUUGUGGCUUCAGCAUAGCACGUAUAAAAGAUGAGAAUAACAUGGCUGAAGUUACACUGGCAAAUCUCACAAAAAACAGAGAAUAUGCUAUUGUGGGGACUAACAAGAUCUUUAGUGUGAAUUCCAGUACAGUAAAACUUCAGAGAUGCAUGAGAUAUAAAGUUGAAAAUUGCAAAGAAUACCUUAUUAUUCCGCCUGAGAGCAGCAAGACUCCUUUCAAGGUUAAGAAUGAAACCAGCACAUCUGCAAAGUUAUGUUGGGAAGACUCACUUAGCUGUGCUAAUGUGACUGCUAAUAUUAGUUGCAAAGAUUUAACAAACUUUAUAGCGUUUAAUCAAACUUGUAAACAGCUGAACUAUUUAUCACCCAACCAUGAGUACAACUGCACUGCUACUUUAAGGGUUUUUGAAAAGGAAUUUGUCAGCCAAAAGUUCACCAUAGAAACAGAUUAUGGUGCUCCAGAAGCACCAGAAAACCUUACAGUAGUUUGUGAUGCCAGAAAUGUAUCAGUUACAUGGGAGGAACCUAUCAAUCAUUCAAAGGGUCCUAUAGAUGGCUAUAUAGUGAAAUGCAAUAACACAGAGAACAAGAAUGUCACUGUGACUAAGUCUGAUUGCUCUAACUUAACACCUUAUGCCAGAGGUUCUGUAUCUGUGACUCCAUUUACAAAGAGCAAAUAUAAUAAUGAAGAAUUUUGGGGAAAAACUGUAAUACAUGACUUUACAACAAAAUCAGCAGAACCACAGGAAGUGACUGAUGUUAAUGCAACAUUGAUAGCUGAUAAUACUGUCCAAAUUAAGUGCAGAAGUCAAGAAGUGUAUGGAGCAAAAACAGUAUUUGAAUUGACUUGGGAAAAUGAUGGAACAAAUGCCUCCAGUGACAGUAAUUGUGAUUUUACAAAAGGAAAUCUCUUAUACUUGACAAACUAUACAUUUACGAUCUUAGUGUAUAAUGGAGAACAUAGAGGGCAUCCAGUAAAGAAGAGUAUAAGAACCAGAUAUAAUUCUAAAGCCCUGAUUAUAUUCUUGGCCUUCUUGAUUGUUGUGACAUCAAUUGCUUUACUACUCGUUCUGUACAAGAUCUAUGAUCUUCACAAAAAAAAGCUUAGCAAUUCUUCUGAAGGUGUGAACCUUGUUGCAGUUAAAGAUGAUGACAGACAACUUCUGAAUAUAGAGCCAAUACCUUCAGAGCAAUUGCUGGACACAUACAAAAGGAAGAUUGCUGAUGAAGGAAGACUUUUCUUGGAUGAAUUUCAGAGUAUUCCUAGAGUUUUCAGUAAAUUUUCAAUAAAGGAGGCCAAAAAAAGCCAUAAUCAGAACAAAAACCGUUACAUUGAUAUCCUUCCAUAUGAUCAUAACCGUGUUGAGCUCUCGGAGAUCCCAGGAGACCCAGGAUCAGAUUAUAUCAAUGCAAGUUAUAUUGAUGGCUUCAAAGAACCAAGAAAAUACAUUGCUGCACAAGGCCCCAAGGAUGAAACCACAGAUGAUUUCUGGAGAAUGAUCUGGGAACAGAAGGCAACAAUUAUUGUCAUGGUGACUCGCUGUGAAGAAGGAAAGAGGAACAAAUGUGCCCAGUACUGGCCAUCAAUGGAGAAUGGAUCUGCAACAUAUGGGGACAUCAUUGUGAAGAUCAAUGGAAGUAAAACAUGUCCAGACUAUGUCAUUCAGAAACUACACAUCACAAAUGGAAGAGAAAGAACAGCUGGAAGAGAUGUCACUCAUAUUCAGUUCACAAGCUGGCCAGACCACGGAGUCCCUGAGGAUCCACAUCUCCUUCUCAAACUCCGACGCAGAGUUAAUGCUCUUAGCAACUUUUUUAGUGGCCCAAUAGUGGUUCAUUGCAGUGCUGGUGUUGGGCGCACUGGGACAUAUAUAGGAAUUGAUGCCAUGCUGGAGGGGCUGGAUGCAGAAGGCAGAGUGGAUGUUUAUGGCUAUGUUGUGAAGUUGCGUCGGCAGCGGUGCCUCAUGGUUCAAGUAGAGUCACAGUACAUCCUUAUUCAUCAAGCACUAGUGGAAUAUAAUCAGUAUGGAGAAACAGAGGUCAGCCUCUCAGAACUGCAUUCCUAUCUUAACAAUCUGAAAAGAAAAGAUCCUCCAAGUGAUCCUUCUCUGCUGGAGGCAGAGUUUCAGAGAUUGCCUUCCUAUAAGGGGUGGCGGACACAGAACACUGGGAACCGUGAGGAAAAUAAAAGCAAAAAUAGGAAUGCCAACAUAAUUCCAUAUGACUUUAACCGAGUGCCAAUCAGGCACGAAGACGAAUACAGUAGGGAGGGUGAACAUGAUUCAGAUGAUUCCUCAGAUGAGGACAGCGACUCUGAAGAAUCAAGCAAAUACAUCAAUGCUUCUUUCAUAACUGGCUACUGGGGUCCAAAAGCCAUGAUUGCCACACAGGGACCACUGCAGGAAACUGUCUCUGACUUCUGGCAAAUGGUUUUCCAAAGAAAAGCCAAAGUCAUUGUUAUGCUGACAGAGUUGAAAGAAGGAGAUCAGGAACUCUGUGCACAGUACUGGGGUGAAGGAAAGCAAACGUAUGAUAGCAUAGAAGUUCAAACGACAGAUGUCAACUGUUGUCCUAGCUAUACCAUACGUGCAUUUGAUGUUACACAUCUGAAGACAAAAGAAACACAGAAGGUGUAUCAGUAUCAGUAUCACAAGUGGAGUGGCUUGGAUGUUCCAGAAAACCCCAAAGAUUUAGUCAACAUGAUUCUCAACCUUAAACAAAAAGUCCCAGCCAGACCAGUCACUGAGGACAACAGGAUGACCCGCAGUGUCCCGCUCAUCGUCCACUGCUGUGAUGGAUCACAGCAGACUGGUGUGUUUUGUGCUUUAAUGACACUCUUGGAAAGUGCAGAAAUAGAAGAAGUAAUAGAUGUUUUCCAAGUAGUAAAAUCUCUUCGUCGUACCAGGCUGGGAGUGGUCUCCACCUUUGAACAUUACCAAUUUCUGUAUGACACCAUUGCCAGUACCUACCCUGCACAGAAUGGACAAGUAAAGAAGAAUAGCCAACAGGAAGAUAAAGUUGAAUUUUGCAGUGAAGUAGAAAAAACAGAUCAGGAAACUGAUUUGAUCACUAUUGAUCUUAUCCCAACAACGCCAGAGGAAAAUGAGCUUUCUGAAGUAUGUGAUGAUUCUAAGGCGGUAGAUAGCACUAAGGGAAUUGAAAGCUCUACAAAUGGCCCCACAACUCCAGUUCUAACUUAAGAGGCUAAACUAAAAGAAAAGUGCUUUUUCAUGUG